GCGUGGUAUAAUUAAUCGUAGCAUUUGAAAUUCUUGAGCGCUGCGUUAAUUCUAGUGCUUUCGUGUCGCAUCGGGUCUGGCCGGCGGUGCGUACGACGCGAACAACAAGUGUGUAGGCGAUUUGAAGCGAUCGCCAACAGCCGAAACGCCGGUUGAACCGUGUUGUGAGCCGUGUGUCCUCAGCUCGGUUGCGGUUCCGAACCAAAGGCAGACAAAAUGUCCGACCUGGACGAUAUGAGCAACUUCGAUGCGUGGUUGGAGAAGGACUUUCUGAGCAAAAUCAACAGGCUCGAGACGGAGGUGGAGGAUUUGAAGGACAAGAAAAGCAACCUCGACAAGGAUCUGAAGAAGAAAACGAUCGAGUGUGACAUACUGCGGGCGAAGGUUGGAAAGCUCGAACAGGUACCGUCGAACAAUGCGGCAUCCAAUGAAAAGAUCGAAAACCUGGAAAAGGAGCUGAAGCGCAAGACGAUGGAGCUGGACAUACUGCGGUCGAAGCUUUCACAGGCCGAAACGAAUCCGCAAGCCUCGCAGGAUCUAACCGAGCGCGUGAAGCAGCUUGAGAAGGAGUUGAAGAAGCGCAUCAUUGAGAACGGUAUACUGCGGGGUAAGCUGACCGAGGUUGAAAGUGAACCACAGACGCCGGAAGCGCAGGAGAAGAUCGAUGAGUUGGUGCGGGGCCUGCAGCGUACCGAGAGUGUGGUGCUGCGGGAGAAGGUUAAGGAGCUGGAAGGGGAUUCGGAAGCGUCCGAACGGAACGGUGAGCUGGAACGCGAGCUGAAGAAGAAGAACAUCGAGAGUGAUAUCCUGCGGUCGAAGUUGAAGCAGUUUGAAAACACGCCCUCGAACGCGCAGGAAGCGAACGAGCGGAUGCGCGAUCUGGAGAAGCAGGUCCGGAAGUACCAGAUCGAGGCGGACAUUCUGCGCGCGAAGGUGAGCCAGCUGGAGAGUGAUGCAGCGACGCGCGUAGACGAAGAAUCGACCGAGCGCAUCGAGGAGCUGGAGAAGGGCCUGAAGAAAAGCACCACCGAGGGUAACAUGUUGCGGGCGAAGAUGCAAAUGUUUGAGAAGGAAUCGACCGAAACGCAGGACUCGAACAGUGAGCAGAUCGAGGAGCUCCGCAAGGGGUUGAAGAAAAGCACCACCGAAAGCCAGAUACUGCGAUCGAAGCUGACCGAGCUGGAGAGCAAACAGGUGCACAGCGGCGCUAGCAGCUACAAGAUCGAAACACUCGAGCAGGAGCUGAAGAAGAAGAACAUCGAGAACGAUAUUUUGCGAUCGAAGGUGGAACAGCUGGAGCGCGUACCGUUGGCCGACAGUCCUGCGAAUGACAAGAUCGAGGAGCUGCAGAAGGAGAUUCGCAAUCUCAAGAUCCAGAACGAUAUUCUCAAAUCGAAGCUAAACCAGGCGGAGGACGAACCGGCGACAGCGCAGGAAUCGACCGAUCGCAUCAGCGAGCUGGAGAACGAGCUGAAGAAGCGUACGAUCGAGAGCGAUAUACUGCGCGCGAAGGUGACCCAGCUGGAGUGUGAGCUGUCCCCGACGAAGAACUCGAACGAACGGAUAGAGGAUCUGGAGAGUGAGCUGAAGAAGAAGCUGCUCGAGAACGACAUCCUGAAGUCAAAGGUGAGCCAGCUGGAAGGUGAACUGAUUGCACACUCGGGCACGAGCAAGGCGGACCCGAACGAGGUCAAGAAGCUGAAGGAAAAGCACGAGGAGGUGAUGAACAAGGCGAAGGAGCUGCUGUUCGAGCGGACGAAGACGGUGAAGACGCAGGACAUGCAGAUAAAGGCACUGCAGAACCAGAUCGAAAACAUCAAGGAGGUCGUGGCGGUAACGAAGGACAUGCUCAACAUCCGGAACAUGGAGCACGAACAGUUGCAGACGCGGUUCGAAAACAUCGACAGCAAGAUGAAGGCGGAACGGGAACGGCAGACGCUGCUCGAGAAGAAGCUGACCGUCUCGCAAAAGAUGUACAACGAUCUGCGGGACGAGUACACGACACAGCUCGAGCUGUUCAAGGAUUCUUCUUCGUCAAAUUGCAGGAAAUCCAGAAAACCUACGCCGAAAAGAUCGAACUCAUCAAGGAGGAAAUCGAAUCCGUCCGGAAUGGUGCCAAAAAUUGAAUCGUCCUACCGGCAGGACCAACAGCUACCGACCGUCACGGUGGAAGAUCAUCUACGGAGUGAGCUGGAAGGGCGAUCCUGCUGCUGCACUGUGCAAUAACAACCACGUCUACCCCGUUUGCUUUCCGUUCUGGGUUCGCUGGGUUUGGAGAAGGACCACGGUCCUAUUACUGUGAAGUGGCUUGCAAUUGCUUCAGCAAUAACCGUUCCUCAACAAAAAAUAAAUCCUCACCGGUCCACUCCACUUGCUGAGCGUUGUGUGCGGAGCUUCUUGCUCCAGAUUUCAUCCUGUUUUCUCCACCCCCUUAUUGAUAUGCUGUAUUUACUGCAGAGGUUUACUUUGCACGAUAUCCUCCAACGUUAGGCAAGAGUUAAGUUAACUUACUAUAUUAUGGAAAUAAAGGAAAUAAAGAGAAAUAAC